GCCAGAGUCUGCCGGAGUUGGCUGGAGCUGUUGCCAUGACAAGCAUUUUCUCAAGAAAGCUCUGCCGUUGAAACCGUCUAACGCUGGGGGUUGAACGGGGGCACGAACUUCCUGGGGAACCAUCCCUCCGAGGAGAGUAAGACCGGAGACACCCGCCCAGCUCCCCUGCACCCCUUCCUUCCAGAAACCUGAGAGGUCCUUCCCUUUGGGAGGGCCGGGGGAGGAGACCCAGCCCACUCCCUGGUCGUGGCUGGAAAGGCAGAAGAGACCAGCCAGCAUCUCCGGCGUGGUUGCCACAUUGGACCGGUGGGUGGUCACCCCCACCCUACCCCUGUGCAUGGACAGCCAGAGGGAGAUUCCCGCGUGGAGAAGCCUGGAUCUUUGCUAGAAAGAGAGAGAUCCCGUUGUCAUCGGUAUCCAGGGAACCCUCCUCUUCCUCCUCCUCCUGCCGCCUCUCUACCACUGCAGUCGCUGGUUGUUGCUAAGGUUGCCUCCGUGGUAACAUGCACAUCCUGUUUACACCUCCAUCUGUGCAAGUUGGUCUAAGCUAGGAACCUACCUACCCUGGACAACCACUUCCAUCACCACCUGGGGACACCAAUCAUCGUGACACGUGGUCCGGUUCCACUCAGUUCCUCCAUCCUCUUCCUCCUCCCACUGCCAAGCUUCAUACUCAGAAAAGGGUCUGGGCUACAGGUUGCCACUCUGAAGCUUAUUGCACAAGAUAUAGUCGAUCUAUUUCCCAUCUGGGCUCCCAGUGAAGCAAAAAGUAAGAAGAAGUGAGGCAGAGAGGCAAGAGACCCUGAUCAGUGGAAGGGAAAUUUCACAUUUUCUCUGGUUGAGGGGCUUGGUAACAGCAGGCAAAAUGACGAACCCAACAGAACACGCCUUGCCAGCCAACUCGAUAAUUGAGAGCCAUGAAGGGGAAUUUGGCUGCACAGUAAUGGACCUGAGGAAGCUCAUGGAGCUGCGUUCAGCUGAUGCAAUAAACCAGAUCAAUGUCCACUAUGGAGGAGUAAGGAAUCUCUGCAGUAGACUGAAAACCAACCCUGUGGAAGGCCUAUCUGGAAACCCUGCAGAUCUGGAGAAACGUAAACAAGUAUUUGGACAAAACUUGAUUCCCCCCAAAAAGCCCAAGACCUUUUUAGAAUUAGUGUGGGAAGCCCUUCAAGAUGUCACACUCAUCAUCCUGGAGAUCGCAGCCAUCAUCUCCCUGGUCCUGUCCUUCUAUCGCCCCCCUGGGGAAGAAAAUGAACAGUGUGGUCUAGCCGUAACUAGCCCAGAAGAUGAAGGGGAGGCAGAAGCCGGCUGGAUUGAGGGGGCAGCCAUCUUAUUCUCAGUGAUCAUCGUGGUGCUAGUGACCGCCUUCAAUGAUUGGAGCAAAGAGAAGCAAUUCCGGGGGCUGCAGAACCGCAUUGAAAAGGAACAGAAAUUCUCCGUUAUCCGAAAUGGUCACAUCAUUCAGCUCCCUGUGGCUGAGAUCGUGGUGGGGGACAUUGCCCAGAUCAAAUACGGUGACCUGCUGCCUGCAGAUGGAAUCCUGAUCCAGGGCAAUGAUCUCAAGAUUGACGAGAGCUCUCUGACUGGGGAGUCGGACCAUGUCAAAAAGUCCCUGGAAAGAGACCCCAUGCUGCUCUCAGGGACCCAUGUCAUGGAAGGUUCUGGCCGAAUGGUAGUGACUGCUGUGGGUAUCAACUCUCAGACUGGAAUCAUCUUUACCCUCUUGGGGGCCAGUGAGGGGGAAGAGGAAGAGAAGAAGAAGAAAGGUAAAAAACAAGGAGUCCCUGAAAAUCGCAACAAAGCAAAGACUCAGGAUGGAGUGGCCUUGGAAAUCCAGCCACUCAACAGCCAGGAGGGGAUCGACAAUGAGGAAAAGGAGAAAAAGGCAGCCAAGCUGCCCAAAAAGGAGAAGUCGGUGCUGCAAGGCAAGCUGACGCGCUUGGCUGUACAGAUUGGGAAAGCUGGUCUGAUCAUGUCUGCAAUCACAGUUCUCAUCCUGAUUCUGUACUUUGUGAUCGACAACUUUGUGAUACAGCGCAGACCAUGGCUGGCUGAGUGUACUCCCAUCUACGUCCAGUACUUUGUCAAGUUCUUCAUCAUUGGCAUCACUGUGCUGGUGGUGGCUGUGCCAGAGGGGCUGCCACUGGCAGUCACCAUUUCACUGGCUUACUCUGUGAAGAAAAUGAUGAAAGACAAUAACCUGGUACGGCACUUGGAUGCCUGUGAAACAAUGGGCAAUGCCACAGCCAUCUGCUCUGAUAAGACAGGCACAUUGACCAUGAACCGCAUGACUGUGGUGCAGGCUCAUAUCGGAGAAACCCAUUACCAUCAAAUCCCAAGCCCUGAUGUCCUCGUGCCCAAGGUCCUGGACCUUAUUGUCAAUGGUAUUUCUAUCAACAGUGCCUACACCUCCAAGGUUCUGCCUCCGGAGAAGGAGGGCGGCCUGCCGCGGCAGGUGGGCAACAAGACUGAGUGCGCCCUGCUGGGCUUCGUCACGGACCUGAAGCAGGAUUACCACGCCGUGCGCAGUGAGGUGCCCGAGGAGAAGCUCUACAAGGUGUACACCUUCAACUCGGUGCGCAAGUCCAUGAGCACCGUCAUCGAGAAGCCCCGCGGUGGCUACCGCAUGUACAGCAAGGGUGCUUCUGAGAUCAUCUUGCGCAAGUGUAAUCGAAUCCUGGACAAGAAAGGGGAAGCAGUGCCAUUCAAGAAUAAGGACCGAGAUGAGAUGGUCCGCACCGUCAUCGAGCCCAUGGCCAGUGAGGGACUCCGGACUAUCUGCAUAGCUUACCGGGAUUUCAAUGACGGAGAGCCCCCAUGGGACAAUGAGAGUGAAAUCCUCACUGAACUGACCUGUAUUGCAGUGGUGGGCAUUGAGGACCCUGUGCGCCCAGAGGUACCGGAAGCUAUUGCCAAAUGCAAACGAGCUGGCAUUACUGUCAGAAUGGUGACAGGUGACAACAUCAACACAGCCCGGGCCAUCGCCACCAAAUGUGGCAUUAUGACACCUGGGGAUGACUUUCUGUGCUUGGAGGGCAAAGAAUUCAAUCGACUCAUCCGAAACGAGAAGGGCGAGGUAGAGCAAGAAAAGCUGGACAAGAUCUGGCCUAAGCUCCGGGUGCUGGCGCGAUCCUCCCCCACUGACAAGCACACACUGGUGAAAGGCAUCAUCGACAGCACCGUUGGGGAACAGCGGCAGGUGGUGGCCGUCACUGGGGAUGGCACAAAUGAUGGGCCGGCUCUGAAGAAAGCAGAUGUUGGUUUUGCCAUGGGUAUUGCAGGCACGGAUGUGGCAAAGGAGGCCUCUGACAUCAUCCUAACAGAUGACAACUUCACCAGCAUCGUGAAGGCAGUGAUGUGGGGACGAAACGUCUACGAUAGCAUCUCCAAGUUCCUACAGUUCCAGCUCACUGUCAACGUGGUGGCUGUGAUUGUGGCCUUCACUGGAGCCUGUAUCACCCAGGAUUCCCCACUGAAAGCCGUGCAGAUGUUGUGGGUUAAUCUCAUCAUGGACACUUUUGCCUCAUUGGCCCUGGCCACAGAGCCUCCUACAGACUCUCUGUUGAAGCGUCGCCCCUAUGGCCGAAAUAAGCCUCUGAUCUCACGCACUAUGAUGAAGAACAUCUUGGGUCACGCCGUCUAUCAGCUCACUGUCAUCUUUUUCCUUGUCUUUGCCGGUGAGAAAUUCUUUGACAUUGAUAGUGGGAGGAGAGCACCUCUGCAUUCACCACCCAGCCAGCACUACACCAUUAUUUUCAACACGUUCGUGCUGAUGCAGCUCUUCAAUGAAAUCAACUCCCGCAAGAUCCAUGGAGAGAGGAAUGUCUUUUCGGGCAUCUUCCGCAACCUCAUCUUCUGCUCUGUGGUCUUGGGCACAUUCGUCAGCCAGAUUAUCAUUGUGGAAUUUGGGGGGAAACCCUUCAGCUGUACGAACCUCACCCUGUCCCAGUGGUUCUGGUGUCUCUUCAUCGGUUUUGGAGAAUUGCUGUGGGGCCAGGUCAUCUCCACAAUACCUACCCAAUCCCUGAAGUUCCUAAAGGAGGCUGGGCAUGGCACCACCAAAGAGGAGAUCACCAAGGAUGCUGAGGGGCUGGACGAGAUUGACCAUGCAGAGAUGGAGCUGCGCCGAGGCCAGAUCCUCUGGUUCCGGGGCCUGAACCGUAUCCAGACUCAGAUCGACGUAAUUAACACAUUCCAGACGGGAGCCUCUUUUAAGGGAGUCCUAAAGCGCCAGACCAUGGGUCAACACCUUGAUGUAAAACAUGUUCCUAGCUCAUCCUAUAUCAAAGUGGUCAAAGCAUUCCAUAGUUCCCUCCAUGAAAGCAUUCAGAAACCCAAGAACCAAAACUCCAUCCACAACUUCAUGACCCACCCUGAAUUCGCCAUAGAUGAGGAGGGGCCACGAACACCACUCCUGGAUGAGCAAGAAGAGGAAAAUUUUGAAAAGGUCUCUAAGCCUGGGACUAGGAUGCUCCCGUCGGAUGGUGAGGUCACUCCACAAGCCAACAAAAACAACAAUGCAGUGGACUGCUGCCAAGUGCAAAUUGUUGCCUGCCACUCAGACAGCCCUCUACACAGCCUGGAGACAUCAGUUUGAACUUCAUUCUCUGACUCCCAUUCCUGCUUUCCCUAUUUCCCUUUUCAUCUACCCCGUCACUAAGGGGAUGAUGGGACUUUCCACUGUCAUGUCAGCUGCUCCCAAGUAUGUGUGAACCCCCACCUGGCCGUGAAGAGGCAAGAGCACAGACCUACGAGGACUUCAGCUGAAACCUGAGUUGGGGUUUGUAGCAGGACCCAGUUAGACCCCAGGCAAGUAAUGAAUGGUAGAUCUACUCCUUGCCUGUAUCAGUUGUCAUUUUUAAAGAAAUGACAAGAAUCCUUUUGGCAUUUACUCCAACCCAGAUUCUUACCAGUAUUCAUACCUGUGUCAUCCAUCUCCUCACUUCUAGAUUUUUACCCUAUGAGUCUGUGCUGUUUACCAGCUCAGUUAAAAGUUCAGAGUGACAAAUAUCCUCAAAUGAAAUGUGUGGAGGUAAGAAUGGAAGGUACAGAAUCAGCCUAUAGAGUGAUUGUUUUCAAACAAUUUUUCCAUUUUGAAAACUUAUACCUUAAAGCCCUUUACCUCUUUCUGCCCUUCCAGUCAAGCCUCCCCAUGGUCUCUUGGUCUUUUGUGACCAUUGUCUUCCUUAGCUUCACUGAUUUUUUUUUUUUUUUUAAGUUGUGAUGAUUAGAAAAUAGAAAAGGACAUGGAUGAGUUAAGUCGACUUUGACCAUUCUCCUUUCUGGCCCCAGUGGAGCCCUUGAUUUAGUUCUAGAGGCAGAUAGGUUUCUUUGUUAACCGCGUCCUUUGUAAGCAAUUGAGAGCUGGUAAGAAUAUAUUCCUGUUGUUGCCAGGUUAUCUACUUCUAAACUGCCAUCUUGUCAGGUGUGUGUGGUUCCUAAGUGCCAGGGAGAUCAGCAUUGACGUGAAGCUUGCAUAUAUGCGGUUUGUAGUUUUUACCUGAAGCCUGAGCUUUCUCCUGUUCCUAAAGUGGUGGCAAAGGAAUGAAUUAAGAAUGACCUUGCCUCCUAACUGGACUUGGAAAACAGACCAUCAAAGUCAACUCUGUGGAGUCCUCCUCGGGGUGACCACUACUGCUUUCAAAGCCAUCCACCAAGGCUCUUCCAGGGCAGGACCUGAUUGUUGGGAGAGUGAGUAUUGAGCAGCCUUGGGAGAGGCCAAAGUGCCAUUCCAGCAGCAUCUGAGCAAACCUUCCUCUCAGAAACCAGAAACCUUGAGCUUAGGUGGCUGGGGACCAGCUUUGACAUGCCCUUUAGUUUUCUAAUUCUACUCUUUGCCAUGUCCGCCAACAUCAGUCUCUGAUAAGGCCCCAGCCUUUCUCAAAUAUUCUGAUUUUUUUUUUUUUUUUUUUUUUUGCUGUACGCGGGCCUCUCACUGCUGUGGCCUCUCCCGCUGCAGAGCACAGGCUCCGGACGCGCAGGCCCAGCGGCCAUGGCUCACGGGCCCAGCCGCUCCGCGGCAUGUGGGAUCCUCCCGGACCGGGGCACGAACCCGUGUCCCCUGCAUCAGCAGGCGGACUCCCAACCACUGCGCCACCAGGGAAGCCCCCUCAAAUAUUCUGAUUUUGAAAACAUGUAUCCAAAGUGGGAGGCUUCAUUGACGCUUUGCCGACUUAAAGGAGCAAAAGACCCACCCUGAAAAGCUCCCCUCCUUCCACCCUCCCUCUUGCACACCCCACUCAAGCCCCCUCCAGAAUGUGCUCAGUGCUGCACAGUUAAGCCCUGUGCCUUCUCUCCCUGAACACUGCCCAAAGCGUCCCCUUCCCACCUGUCUCUCAGGAGCCAGGGACUUGGCUAGGAGAUUUGUUAAGUGUUCCUUAAUGCAACAGGGUGGAGCCGCGCUUGCAGGAUCUCCAUGUCUAUCCCUACCAAGCUGCUGUAAGCUCUUCCGUGUAGGGGUCCACUCCUGUCUGCCAAUUCCCAUCUCCCACUGGGUAAAUGAAGCCUACCCCCUCUUUCUAGAGUGACGGGAGUAGGGAGAAGGGGCUUGAGGCUGUUAGGAACUGCCAAAUUUCCAUUUGGGAGUCAGGUGACCCGAACCUAUCCUCUCUGGCCUUUUCUUCUGGAUCCCUCCUCCCUCACCCUUUCACCUGAGCUGCCCUAGGAAGGAAGAAUAAAGAAACAGUAUCCCCUGCACAUCCCUAUUACUACAUCAGCUACCAGAUCUGAUUUUGGUUUUGUAAAGGUUACAUGUUUCAGUGAUCUUUUCUCUGUCUUCAAUACUAGUGGGGGAAAAAAUAGCUCACCCAAGGCGUUGGGUGUUCACAUAUAUAUUUAUUAAGUACAGUGGAAGAUUUAGUUCUGUCGAGUCUUUUUAUUACCUCAGAUCAGUUUUUAAAACAAACUUUGGAGGCUAUUUUAUCAUUCCUGCUCCCAAAAGACUCUCAUGGUGCCUGACAGGUUACUCAUGAGGGCUGGUGUCUACUUGUUUAAAGUCAAUGGGGAUUUUGUGUGUAUUCUAGUUUCCAUAGUAGGAGAGAAAAUAUAGAAAUAUUAUGCAAAAAAAUAUAGUUUUCUUUAGAUGAGAAACUGUUAUUUUUUGAGUCAGCCAUAUGUAUUUUGUUUAAAGGAUUUAAAAUAAAGUGCUGUCAUGUAACCCUGUGGAAGGGAGCACAUAACCAGCUGUUAGACAUGGCAGGUGACUUAUAGUAUAUUUGCAAUCGGUUUUGAAACCAAUGCACCAAACUUCCUUUCUCCAAACAGCCAUCUUUAUACUUAGGGGAAAAAAAUUUGUUGGGUUCUAGAAUGUUUUUAAUAUAAAUUUGUUGAUAUGGAAUUAAGUUUAAGUGUUUAUGUGCAUAUAUUUUUUAUAUAAUUUUUUUUCCUGUUCGGUUUCAGUGAUCCAACUGACAGUGAAUAAAUAUGGCGUAAGUUAAUAAAGCUUUCCCCAAAAAUGGUGCUUUGGAUUUGAAAAGGGUCUGAUGGGGAAAAAGGGGAAAUAUUAUCCUAGAUUCCUCUCUUGAUAAACCUAGAAGAGUGGGCAGUGGAUUACGGAUGGGAAGGAAGGCAUCCAGGAAGAAGGGGCAGCCAGCAGGAAAUGAGUGUGCACCCCCAUGGAAAUGGGUACCAGGAGCUAGUGAUCAGGAUCAGGGACCUCAGAUAGUUUUAUAUUUCUUGAAGAACAGCUGGCAGAGUGGUACCCAAGACACUGGGCUGCAAGGAUACUCUCUCUGAUUUGGGGUUUGCAUUGUUUAUGGUUCUUUUCACCUCCUGUUUCCCCUGGAGUUUUCCAUUAGCGACUUUUUGUGCAAGAAUUUGAUCUGAGGCUUCCUUCCCUCCCCUAGAAAAGUUUCACGUAAUACAUUAGUUGGGAGGUAGAGCUCUAAGUGGAAAAAUAAAGGCUGGUUCUAGCCUGGGUGACAGUCUUGACUAGAUCCUUCCCACAGGUGCCCUCUGCCCUCUGAAAUGACUCUCCAUCUCUAAAGGUUGUAGAGAGACCACCGAGAAAUCCCGCCAGCACUUGUGAGUUCUUUAGAGUUUGUGUUCCUUCUUCCCGUUGAGCUCCAGAGGGGGGAGUCUGCACACUUAAAUCUGAGUGAUGACCUUACUGCCCAAAACCAGAGGGGUGUGGCAAGCUCACAUGUGCCCUGAAACCUCUGAACACGUCACUUCCUUUCUUUCCUCCUUUCACUGCCUAGUGAUUGAAGCAGCCCAUGAUGCCAUCACGAAGUGUGUACUUCCUCACUCUUCCUCACUCUCCGUAUCUGAGGACCACCCCACUACUGUGGUGGGGGUGGGGCACUUAUAAUUGUCUGCUCUUCUUAAGCCAUUCCAGGCUCUUCCUCAGAAAAGACCAGACACCCUUCCAUUUAGCUCAGUGCUGUCCUUUACCUUCCCAGCCCUGCUGUUGGGCCUGCUUUCCCCUUUCCUCCUGAUUAGGAGAGAUGGAGGGAAGUGAGCUCCCCAUGACUGAAUUGGCCUUUCGAUCAUGUUUCUCCCCAUAUGUAUAUAUGCCGUAUGUGAAUAUGCCAUAUAUAUGUGCCAACAAAUCUAUCUGUGUUGUUCUUUUCAAAUCAGCAGAUAGGAAUUUUGAGUUUCUUCUUUUUUUUUUUCAGUAACUAGUAUAACAGGCACUAGUAUUUUUGUAUAAAAGGAAAAAAAACAAAACAAAAGAUUGACUAUUGUGAUCUGCAUGACAUAAACAAACAAAUGGUGAUAUCAAAGCAAUGUGUACCCCAGUGUGUGUUGCCGUAAUCUGCAGUUCAGCUAAACCAUGCACCCAAUCUGUAUUUGCAUUUUGAUAUUAUUUAAGCUCUCUGUACAAUAUUUUGCAUGUAUUUAUAGGGUUCUUAGAAAAAAAAGCUAUAAACUGGCAAAUCUGAAAUUCAAAUAUGUUGUUCCAUUGAGAAAGGAAGAAUAGAAGGGGAGUUUUAAAAGAAGGAAAAAAAAGGAUAAUUUUUUUGGAACCAAUAAAGCUGUUGCUGAUGAGCAGAAACCAAACUGUUGCACACUGAGAAUAAAAACCCAUGCCCACUUGAGACUGUGCUGUGCUCAAUGUGUA